AUGGAGAAAUCCACAGAGAAGCCAAACAAUGCUCCUGGGAAGGACAGUCCUGUGCCCACAGAGGUGAGCAGAGUGGGACCCCUCAGAGAAACUACUGCAGAUGUGAACAGGCUGGAACUCACUGAAGAAGGCACUAAAGAAAUUAAGAGUCCUGCAGGCACAGAGCAAGACAGUCCUGACACCUUCACACCAGCCCCUGCUGAAGGAGACUGUCCAAACUCAAAGCAUCUCAUUAGGCUAACGAGCUCCGAGCCUCCUGAAGUGUACAGCUUUGACGUGAACCCCUCGAGCUCACCCCCAGCACCCAGGGACAUGGACUGCCUGAUCUGCUUCAACAAGUACAACAUCUACCGGGUGCCCAAGCUCCUGGAGUGCCAGCACAGCUUCUGUGCUGUCUGCCUCAAGCUGAUCCUGCGCAGGGAGCAGGGCACCUGGCUCAUCACCUGCCCCCUCUGCAGAAAGGCCACCACGGUGUCAGGAGGCCUCAUCCGCACGCUCCCGAAUAAAGAAGACAUCAUGGAGCACUUGGAAAGCCCAGAUUCAACCCUCGAGCUGCACAUCUCUGCCCUAGGGUUGGACAGCACCAGCUGGACUCUGAGCAGCCCAGACACUUUGCACGGAGAGGAAACUGCCCCAGCAGACAACAGACUGGCUGUGCAGAGACUGGUGCUGCUCCUGCUGCUGGUGGUGAUCCUCACCAUCCUCAUCCUUCCGUUCAUGCACUCUGGGGUGAUCAAAUGGGUGAUUUGCCUCAUGCUUGCUCUGGGGUUGGCCAUGUCAAUGGUGCUUUGCUGUACCCCUAAACUCUACUGGAGGUGUAACAGGGACUCGCUCACCUCCUGCCACAAGGAGACUCACAUCACUGCUAUCGCCUGA